CGUCACCACUCGAAAAGCUAUCUCCUCCUGUGUACGCAGGAGUAUUCUUUCUGGAACGAUGCGAAAGAGGAAGAUGUUUGACAUACAUACAUAUUCUUCUGCCUAGCCUGCUUCGUAUCAGAGCCAUGAUCGGUGGCGCAGAUCGUAACUUAGACAUGGAUAGCUCAACCUUCUCUACUCCGUACAGUACAACCGUCAACUCCUGUCCAACUGAGAAUCCACAAUAAUAUCGCAGAGAUAAAUGUCAGUUCGUGCAAAGGAGGAUUCCCGCAGCUAAAACACAGGAGAAUUAGAUUUAUAAAUUAUUAAUUGCUCCUCCCGCCCUUGAGUGGCUGUGGCUGAGCUACUUCGAGAAAUGCGGGUGACAAGUGCAAGACGCUUCAAGGCGCAACGUUCCCCGUUCCGAGUGGAAAGGCGCCCAUAAAACAAACAACAAGACAGGGGCUGAUUGGCCAAAGCAGCCUUUAGCGGUCAGUGUGGCCGAGCCUCUGUACGCACGAAGCAUCGGGGUUUCGAGUAUUGUGGACGGCACAACUCAGCGCUCCGGGUUGAAUUAGCGCCACAGGAAGUGGAGAAGAACAGGAAAAAUAACCUAAAAAUGAAUAAAACACUUUGCGUGAAGAUGGCCUGUCUCAGGCCACUGUUCGAUUGGAUUGAUUGCGUUUGGAAUAAACUCACGGCCGCCUCCGUACUCCUCUCUUUAUAAUUCUUCUUCAUUCAUUAUUCAUUUCUUUGGCCUUUUUGGAUACCUCAUUUCUUAUCAUUUUCCACGCCUAGUUAAAAGAAACAAGAUUAGUUAGUUAUACCUAAAAAGCACUAUGAGGAAGCCCAAGGACAACCCCAGAACAACUGUCGCCAUUAUCGGCUCAGGUAUGGCAGGACUUGUGACGGGAUAUCUACUCAAGCAAGAUCGGAAUCAACGAUUCGAUGUCCAGGUCUUUGAAAUGCAAGAUGAACUAUCUCUCGAUUCAGCAUCAAUCACAGUCCCUUCAGAAGAUGGGGAGGGGAUGCGAAUCGAUCUCCCAAUGCGGGCUUUCGCGGGCGGAUUCUACAGCAAUUUAAGGAGAAUGUACAAACACCUAGGGGUGAAAUCCAUUCCCAUGCAGUUCCUGUUUCCACUGUCAAGAGCGCCAAUUAGCAGAAAAUCGUCAUCCCUUUCAAGUGAAGGAAUAGAAAAUGAUGACGCCUGCGAAUGGGAAGACGACGAUACGAAAAUCAUCCCGCCAAAGCCGUAUUUUAUCCAUUCAUCCAACAGCCAUCGCAUCCCUCCUGUGCGGCCUGAGCACCUGGGGUUAUGGGAUUGGACAAUGGAGUUUGCGUAUCUCUUUUUGUGCUUUACGUGGUACACGCUAUGUUGCUUUUUUAUACCCCCUUACCGAUCAAGAAACCAAUACCAAUCCGUGUCGCCCACUGGUGCAACAAAGCUGGAAGACGCAUCCUUGUGCGAAACUCUUGGUGAAUACCUCCGGCGGAUAAGGCUUCCCACGUACUUUACGCAAAACUACAUAAUCCCCCAAUUCUCAGCUGUGACAACUUGCUCUCACGAAGCUCUUCUUAAAUUCCCGGCCAAAGACCUGAUAGAUUAUUCGACGCAGACGUUUAACGUGCCCUACUACGUCGUGCACGGGGGUGUGAACGUCGUCCAAAAGAAGCUAGCCGAGGGAUUGAGCAUCCAGCUAAACUCGCGAGUAAUCUCAGUGGAGUCGCUAUCUGGCUCUUCUUCAAAAGUGCGCGUUUCCUACCGGAUUGGAAGGGAGGGUACUCUCCAUCAGCAGGAUUUUGACCAUGCCAUCAUGGCCGUCACGCCGGAUGUUGUUGGCGCUAUAUUUCAACCGCUCAGAUCGACGAUGACACAAGUGCCAACGACCCCCGUCGAGAGUAUCGUACACAAUGACACCUCCUCGCUCCGCACACUGUCACAGACUUGCCUCUUUGGCAAUAAGGAGAGAAACGCCACCGGCCAUGUGCCCUCAUCACCGGAGACACAAGUCAUUCAUGUCCGUUCCUCGCCAGCCGGACUCACGGAGGCAGUCCACGAAUGCGCUGCGUCCCUCCUCGUCACCACCGCCCCCGUAACGCCCAUCAAUCCGUCCAAGAUUAUCCACCGAACGCGCUUCACUAGAGUGCUUCGUACACCGCAGAGCAGGGAGGUUGUAAAUCGCAUAUUUGGGGGCGAUUCUGGUGCUUCCCGGGUGUCGGAGAAGGGUCAUCAGUGGCGGAAUGGAGAUGGGAAUGUUUGGUUGGUGGGGGGUUGGUGUUGGGAUGGGAUGGUUUUGUUGGAAGGUUGUGUGGUAUCCGCGACGCGGGUUGCUGAUGCGUUGGGUGUGCAUGUUCCAUGGAAGGCGGUGUCAUAAGAUUCAUCGACGGAUAGGCAGACGGAUUGGAGCGGAUCUAGCUAUUUUUUACGUUUUUGACAUGAUGGGUGGCGCACGAUUUUAUGUUUGGGGUUCUCUAUGUCUAUUUUGUUUGAUACCUUUAUAUUCACCAUACUUUUGGUACGUAGAUAUGACUAAACUGUUGGCUUAUUUUCGUUGUUUGGGUUAUUUAACUAGUAUUAUCUCACUAAAGAUAGGAGUUUGAUACUCGAAUAUAGGCAUUCAAAUCCUAUAUGGAGCCUGUAUUUUAGUUUUUAUAUCCUUGUUUCAGCAGUAAUAAUACAUGGUUCGGAAAGGAGGUUUUGAAGUUUCAAUUGAUCAAUAGACGCUGAUUGAAAUAUCUGAAUCCGUAGCGAUUACUAAGUCCAGAAGACUAAUAUAACAGAAUGACGCAUGGACACAGACACAUAAGGUAUCCUCAGUCGAAAAUACUUGCAAAAUAGUGUGCGGAUGACUUUAUAAUUAUCAAAACUCAACUAAUGUAAGCGAACUAUACAAAAG